AUGUCCAAAGCUGAAGAUUUUGUUGAGAAUUUGUGUUUACCAGUCGAUAAAUUGGAACAUAAGGUAAGUCGUGCUAUAAUCCUUGAAAGUUUCUGGAAUAUCUUAUUAAUAAUAAGCUUAUCUGAACAUGCAUGAGAAAAGCUGUUACUUUUAAAAAGUACACAUUUUUACUAAAAAGUUUGGGUUUACUGGGUUUUUUUAAGUUUUCAAGACAUUAUAUUGUAGCAGAUUAAUAGUGUUUGUGAUGCCAUCAACAUUUUAGAACAGAACUUUUGCAAAGUUUAUCAGAAUCCUACAAUACGUGUGUUUGUUCCUUCAUGUAUACUCACAGAUAAUACAGUAAGUUGCACAUACCUUUCAGAAUUUUAAAUUUCAAAAACCAAAAAUAAUUGUCAAAUCAUUUUUUUCCCUUUCAGAUACAUUUUCAUAGUGUCAUAUCUCUAUUACAAUGACUACAUAACCUCGAUCGCUCCAAUCUUAUGCUGUAUAUCCUACAUAUUAACUUACAUUGGAUCAUGGUUACGCAUACGUUUCUUAUUGUUGCCAAAUAUUGUCCUUGAUUUUGUAGCUCCAUUUUUCUAUAUUUACAUAGCCAUCGUGUUACUUGUUGAAGCUCACACUCCAGAUCAUAUAAGUCGUUACUUUGCUGGAGAUACAUCUGGAGAUUUGAAGAUUACAGCAAUAUUCUUGUUCAGCUGUUCAUUCUCUCAAUGGUUAUUUCUGUUUGUCUUGUACCGAGAUUACUUUUGGAUCAAGUACAAUAAAGUUUGA